GGGGGGAAACAUAUUUUUAAAAAGUAUAAGAAAUUGCAUUUGGAUUGUUGGAUUUCCAUCUCAGAUGCGGCUCUGCGGUUAAAUGUAACUGUGAUCCGUUUUAGAUCGACAUCGAGGAAAUUUCUGUUUCAAUAAAGCCAUGAAAGGAAAAAGAAAAGCUGGAAAAAAAAAAACCUCAAAUUCCGACUAAAUACAUAUCAAAUGACUUUAAAUCGCAUUAAUGUUGAAUUAAAUUGAGUGGGACAAAAUCGGGUGCAUUUUAAGCUCUUUUAUUGAAGAAUGUGUGAUAUCAAGGAAUCCGCCACAAAAUGUGACGAUGCCACCGAGAUUCAAUAUAGAGAAACACAAACCCUCUACAAGGCUACAAGGCCCUGGAGAUUUGUUUUAGGAAUCCCAAAUUGCCAUUUUAAUCCAUAUAAACUACAAGUUAAAGGUUCAAGCGUAAGUACUGUGUCAUAUUAGUGCAAUCAUAUUAUUUUUUUGAAAUACUCUAAUUUUUCUGCAGAUGUCACUUUAUUUGCAAAAGUUAAAGCUUGUAAAGCAUUUUUUGGUCACUGAGAUAUUUAAAAAUAAUAAUAUUUGAAUCACAGAAAUAAAGAAAAUGUUCAAUAUUUUGCGGCAAUAUGUGUGUUAUUGUCAAUCUUCAGCUUUUUUUAAUGCCCUUUUUUGAGAUCCAGAGGCUUCUGUUUUAGGAUUCUUAUUUGUUGUUUGGUAUUCUCAUUCUUUGAGAACGCGAAAUAUAUCAGCUUUUGUAUUUCAAGUCAAACUGACGUGUCCACUCCUGUUUGGUAUAUCACACAAGACCUUUAGUGGGGCUUUUUUUGUCGGGUCCGGCCGUCCCAUCCUCGCUGCUCCGCUCCAUUGUUAUGAUAAUACUAUUGUGAAUUUCACGCUGGAUGUGCAAUCUGUCGAUCGUCCAUAUUUUAAAAGGUGAAAACUGCAUUUAUUUGUGGGAUCAAAUAGUAUCCAUUUCUUCUCUGUUUAGCCCUUUAUUGUCAAAGCUCACCUCGUCCUUUUAAGCAAUUGUAUUGUCAUUUUAGAUAGGUUAAAAGAAGACUGCAGUCGUGCUUUCACACACCUUUAAGGAUUCUUUUUCCCACAUAUAUAUAUAUUCAUAUUAAACCUAUUAUUUCCAGAGGAGAUUAGAAAAUAAGGUGAUAGCAUUAAAUGCAGUAUGGAUACUAUGAGCUCAUUGUUGCGUGAAACAACCGCACAGGGCCAUGUCGCAUAUAGAAGUCUACAUGAAUAUUAAUUUUUUUUCCCCCCCCUUAUGUUGGUUUUCAGUGAACUGACAUUGCGGUUGUGCUGUUAUUUUGUUCAGUUUGAUGAUUUUCCUGCAUAAAACAAUCGAGCAAUUAACCAAUUAAUAGAGUGCUCAUUGAUUUGGGCCCCGUCUGUGGUCCAUCCAAUAAUGAUCAUCUGAUUUCAGAGUGUUUCCAAUAAUAAAGGAGCAUAGAGCAUUAUCAGAGAUUGCAGGUCAUCAAAAACAUAAAUCAGUUGUCUGUUUGCACUGCAUGGAUUUUCACGUGCUAUAUGCUGCAGUUAAGUGUGUCAUUUUAUGAACAAAAGACAACGUCAAUGAGUGGCGAUAUAAUUUUAACGCUUGUCCAGACGUGCGUGUGUGCGUGUCUGUGUGUGUGUGUGUGUGUGUGUGUGUGUGUGUGUGUGUGUGUGUGUGCGUGCGCGCGCGAGGGGGGUGCGCAUGGAUGUUCAUGAGUUUAUAGGUUUUGAUAAAAUGAAAUUUAAAACGUUAAUACAAGCUGUUUUGGAGAGUGCCUGUUUUUCACACAUGAUGCAAAAUGUUUUUACAUCUGGAGACGUUGUUUUCUUUUUUCAUGAGAGCAAUGCUUGUAAAAAAAAGGAUUUAUAGGGAGAUAUCUUUGUGAUUAUUUGGAUUUUGUCAGAAUAGCCUUGUCAUAGACGCGUAGUGGUAUUAAAAUUGUGUCAUUUUUAUUGCCUAUCAGCUGAAAUUUCUCUGCCUAUUUGAAUUCAGAGUGCAUUUCAUUCCAUCCAAUUGGAACAAUAAAAGGGCAGGUCAACACAUGAUGUCGGUGUGAGGAAAAUGUCCCAUCCACCUGUGCAGCAAAAUUGAUACACACAUAAACGUGCAAUUAAAAAAAAGAGAAAAAUCUCACUUCAAGUCAUUUUUUUUUGCCCCAUUAAAAUCUAAAACACUUGAUUAUUUUUGGCUGAUUAUUUUAAAUGUACCCUUUGAGACAGUGAGCACAGAUACGAGCAGGCACGCUGUGACUGGAAUUGUGAGUUUAUUUCCGUGGAGAUAAGUGUUUUAUUUGAAUUUUUUUUUUACCACUCUUCCAGCUCAUGUGCUCCUACAUUUACAGUUUACACACAUUUCCUCUCACUCCUACUCGCACCCAAACGCAUGCAAGCCGCACUCUAAAAUGCACCGUGUUUCUCAUGCCCUCAGGUGAAUGCCAGGGGUUUGUUGUUUUCACUGUAAUAUACAGUUAGCCCUUCCACCAAUUUACCCUGUCAUUGCUAAUGGGGCAAUUAACCACUGCGAUACCCCCCAGGCAGGAAGAGAGCCAAAACCUACCAAACUCCAAACUUGUCUUUAUGACAUUUAUAUGACGAAAUGUGCUGGAAGCUGGGGAACCAUCUGACACCUUGGAGGGUCCUUAAUGUCACUCCCUCCCUUGCCCCCGCCGCUUUCUGCCCCGGGGUAUGGCACUGAGCAGGAAGUGUAAUACAUCAUGUACAUGUGCUGGUCGAGUCCAGGAGGGCGAAAAGUUUGCACAGAAUUCAAAGCUUGAAUGGGACAGCUCUGAUUUACACACUGCCCCAUUCUGCAUGUUUAUAAAUGUAAAGCGUUUCCCCCCAACACACUGUAACUUGGCCUCUGCCUUCAUUUGUGCCUUUUGGUGUCUGUAAGUCCUUUUGUCUGUGCUCACAUUCCCCCUGUCCUUCUUACAUCCCCAAGGAGGCAAUAACCUCCCUAGCAAGUGCUUCCCCUUGAGCCGUUGUCAUAGUAACUUGUGGGCCGGUCGACAUGACAACCCCACCAUGGUCCAGAGAUAGAUGGUAGGCCAGAAAUGGGGAGGGAGAAGGCACAUGGGGGUAUUUGCACCCCCCAGUUAAUUUGGUUUGCCUGAUUCUGAUUCAAAAUGUUUUUUCUGUCUCUCGGCGGGUGAGUCGCAGCCUGACUCAACACGCUUUAUAUUUAUACAGCGAUUCACAGCCCGCAAACACUGUCGGCAUCUGAACACCUCCACAGUCACCUGCUCAGCUCCAUGGUACCUGCAUGGAGGGGGAAAAAUGUAAAAUAUGUAAUAGUGGACGUGCAAAUUGUAAUGCAAUACUUUUUAUUGUUCUGUGAUUAUAUCAUAUUAAAAUUACCUUUGUUUUUUUUCCUGAAAAUGAAAUAAAUUGAAAUGCUGGCUGUGUCUCCAUGCUUGCCUUUUUGGGGGCUUUAUAAAUCCAGACUCUGCUAUUUCUUGUUGUGACCAAAUUCAGCAGAAUGUAAUGCCGGUAUUUGAAACCACAGAAGCAAGACGUUAUCUUAAAUCCACAAUUUCUUGAGACUUGGUCAGAUUUCCCAAAUCUGCCAGCUGACAUGCUGACUAUAACACCACGAGUUAAACAAGGUCAGUGUUACUGCAGUUCACUGCAUCAGAUAAACCCGCUCUCUGGAGAAAAGGACUCACAGCAUCUUCAAAAGCAAGAUCCAGGAUUGUACAAUUUCCAUGACAUCUAUUGCUCAGGGUAGCUGACUGCCAACUGAUUUGAAAUAGCCUAAAAAAAAUGUAUCAUUGUUGUGUUUGCAUAAAAUGCCAAUAAUAUUUUCUCCCAAACAAAGCAGUGAAUAAGAAGAAGCCUGGUCUUGAGAGGUCCCGGGUGGAAAGAUGAUUCCCAGCCGGCGGCGCUGAGGCGGACUCUGAUCUCUGACCCCUGGGCGGAAGAGAACAAGCUAAAAGAGAUACUUCCUUCAACGAUCAAUACAUAAUGCUCAGAAUAAGAGCAAAAAUAUGAUUUUAUUUCGGAUGUUCAAAUAAUGUUUCAAAUAAUUCUGCAGACUUGCAGUGAGGCAUUUUGUGAACAAAAAUGUUGAAAAAUCCCAACAGCUGACUGGUGAAUGAGUUACACAAAAUUUCAAUACUCGUUCCAGAUGCUUCAUAAUUGUUUUGGUGAAAUUUAGGCAGGCUUUUAGGCAUCGUUCCCUGAGAAAAUUAAAAUGUUUUGAUCAAAUAACUGUUGUCACUAUCCCUAGAUUACAGAGACAAUAGAUGCAUUUUCAUUCUGUGUUCAUCAUUUUGUAGAUUGAAAUGCUUUUUUAUUACAGCAGACUUCAAGGUGGGAUUGUUUGCCCACCACGAGUGUCUUUCAGAAACUGAUUGCUGAAGGCCUCCUCCAUACUAUCUUACAGAGGCCUUCACUUCUGUUAAAACUCAAAAUUCCAUCUUUUUUGUUGGCUGUUCCUAAAUUAGUUUGUUCUCAAUACUUUUGAUUUGUACUGACACCGUUGUCAUUCUCACCAGGCAAUCACCCCCUGCAUGCCUCUGUUUCUCUUCUUGUUUUGAACAGGUUUGAUAUCCGAGCUUCUUUUCAUUUUGGUAGCCUCCUGCCUCCGACGGAUGAAUCUCCCCUUGGGGAUCAAUAAAGUACGUUUGAACAUGGAGGAGGAAUGGGAAGAGGAGGAGCAGCUGGUUGUGGUGGAGCUCUCUGGCAUCAUUAACAAUGAGCACCUGUCCAAGUGUCUCAGCACAUGCAAGAUACUGGAUAUUGACAGCGAGAGGCCCAUGAUGCAAGUAGGACAGUAUGUGUUUGCAGGCGAGUAUGAAGAUACUUUAGGAACCUGUGUGCUGUUUGAGGAGGUGCCACACAAAGGAAAAGCUGCUGAUAGUCCUGAUCUUAAGUACAUGUGCCACACCGCCAAGAAGCUGACGAUGCAACGAGUCUUCCUCACUGAGAAGAAAGAGGGUGAAAGGAGGACAGAAUGCGGUGACGGCGAAGAACAGACGGACACAACCUGUAGGUUCAAUGAAGAAAACAAUGAAACCCAAACAGAAGAAACAGACAAAGACAUGGACAACACAGCUUUGAAUAAUUCACCCGCAAGCUGAAAUAAAGAGGUGUUCUAGUAGGAUCUGUGUUUAUGAGAAAUGGUCACCAAACACAGAGAAAAUUUAAAGUCUUUGGAGGUAUGCUGCUCUGAAAUUAGAUGAGACUGUGAGCUUCCCAGAGGUCUGCACUGGCAGUGUUUUGUGGAAAUUAUUUUUUGGUUCAUGACAAAAAUGGCACGUUCUUAGUGUAUCUCCUUCUCAGUAGACAGUAUUUGAUAAGUAGCAGUGGAAUUGUGCUUUUCUGGUAUAACCAGUUUCUGUGUCCGGCAAUCACAUUGAUUUACUCAGAAAGGGAGGAGUAACUGCUUGAGCUGUGAUGUUACGAUAUAUUACAUAUUGCAACCAUUUGUUUAAUCUAUCAACACUUUAUCUACAUCAUGGAUGCUGGAAGUGAACCUAGCUGAUCAUAUGUGAUGGCAGUUUAUGCCUUUGACUCCAGCCAAUCACAGAGCAGACAAAGCAGUCCACAUGCUCACCUUAAGACCUACAGAUAAUACAUUCAUCAUAUGAACCUUACAUCGACUGUGGGACGAAACUUAAUAAGCUAGAGACCUUUUUUUUUGUUUUGUUUAUUCUAAUCCUUUAUUUUAACUUAAAAAUAUGUUUUAAAUAAUAGACAUUGAAGAUGUAUGUGCAUAGUUAAGUAAAGAUGAUUCACUUUAAUUCACUCAGCCAGUCAAAAAAAAAAAGUUUUUUGUUUUUUACAAUAUUUUGAAGGUUGCUUGUGAGCCUUUAAAAAAAUAUAUCAAUGAAGCAAAUAAAAUCCUUUAUUUU